AUGGGAGCGAAUGAUAUAAGACAAUGGAAUCAGGCCGCAGAAGAAUAUGUGGGACAGCAUUACCCCGAAGCCUACUCUAAAGGCUAUUCCCUGCCUGAAGGGUUCAUUCUAAAGAACAAAGAUUUCAAUGAGUUGAAGAGAAAGGCUCAUAAAGGCAAAGAAGCGGAGUUUCCAUUGAACCACCUGUCCGUUGCCAUGGUGUUCAAUAAACUGAAAGAUGCUCUAAAGGAUAUACCUUCCCUAACAAUCGCAGAUUAUGCUUUCACGGACACAUUGCUGAAGGGCAUCAAUAGCAAACAGAAGAACGAAUUCAUUAAGAAUUUCGGGGUCACCAAGGAAGACUUGAUAUCCGGGGAUCAUGAUGUGUUCGGAAUUGGAAUAUCGGGGAGUAAUGUCAUUGGAAUUUUCUUUCAAGUCAAGGCGACCACAUUUAUGAAGAAUUCAAAAUCAAUCCUUGAUUCUCUGUCAAAAGCAACAAGACAGAUAAAGCAAGACUUCAACAUUUUCUGCACCAUGUGCAGCGAAUUUAUCACCUCAAAUGUGAAGCUUGCUGGAUUUGCCGCUUUUCCCAUGCUUUCGAAGUUCCAAUUGCAGGAAGUGGUCCGAUGCAGAGAUUGCAGGACACGAAUCCUGACCUCGGAAGAUCUGGAUGAUCCAACAAGUUUUCGGUCGUUCUUGGAUACACAUGGAAUUGUGUUAGAGAAGUCUUGGAACCAGGACUCUACGUGCCCUGUCAUGAAGACCUUCAAGAACAUAUUCGACCUCUACGUUUGUGCUGCAUCAACAGUGGAACUCCCACGCAAUCCUGCGCAGUUGUUCACGAAGUGUGACGACCAAAUGAAGAAGAUGCUGAUAAUUCUUACCCCCCAACAAAGGGAACUGGUGAGAGAGGAAUCGAAAAUCAUUUUCAUUUGGGGAGGGCCAGGCACGGGAAAGACAGUUGUGCUGAAAGAAAGAGCCCUUCAGUUAGCUGAGAAGGGUGAAGUACUUUUAAUGAAUCUUCCAGGAGGACUUUUGACCGAAGAAUUCCGACUUUACUUCCAAGGUAACGUGGCGAUCCAGAUAUUUGAUGGGAGAGAAGAAGGCUUGGAUAAUGACUUUGGAAGAUGGAAGAGUUUCUUGCAGAAGAGAGGGGAAGGGAAGCACAUCCUCAUCGAUGAAGUUCCCAUCACGUUUGGUCUCCACGGCAUCAUCACCCCAGAAUCCCUUUCCAGACAUUGGUGUGAAGAGGAAUACGAAAUAUAUAUCGUCACUGUUUGUGUCAGUCGGCCAAUCUUCAUUGUUGUUGAUGAUGAAGAAAGGAAGAAUACUUUCGUUCAUAUACUUGCAUCCUUUUACCCGACAAUUCCUUUCCUCUUCCACAUGAAAAGUGAGCUCCACGGGAGGUCGACAGCAGAGGGCUCUUCCCCUGUCAUCAUCGUCACCGAAGAGGAAAUGAUGGGCUGCUAUAUUACGGACGUUAUCAUGGUCAUGGAUUUUCCCCUUUCACAAUGGAGAAACUAUAUUCGACUGAUAGCCACAACUGGCGAAAACAAGAUAAUAGUGAUUGAGGAAGAAGAGUUGACGACUGGGAGAUUCUCUCCCAUCAAGGAAAUCCCUGGAUGGAAUAUCGAAAAAGCGAACAUCGUCGAAGCAAGCCUCAUGGAAAUGCUGGAGAAGGCAUGGGAAGAGAACAAUGAGAAAUCAAUUCCCGAUCCAAACAAGCAGGAUUUCCCCCUCGCAAACUUCCCUGAAAUAUAUAUAGAUUGUGGUAGGCGAGGUGAGGAGCAGAAAGACGUGGAGAAGAUGCUCGGAUCUUGCCUUAGUGGAAUAUUUGGCUGUCCAGCCUCAGGAAAAUCUAGGAGAGUAGAUUUGUUGAUCGAUCGAGUGAUACAACGUAGAGGUCACGUUUUACUUCUCCAUAGCGGAAGUAAGCUGUCUCAGGAAGCCUACCGACAGCGCUGGAGCGAUAAGGGAACUGUGGGCAUUGAUGCCUAUGAUUUUAACUCUUACUCGCGUCAAGAAAGAUCACUCCAGAAUAUAUUCGUAUAUAUGAAAGUGAAAGAGGCCCACACGAAAUGGAUGGAAAAAAAGAAUGAGAAGGAUGGAGUGGGUCCCUUUGUCAUAAUUGCCGAAGACUUCGAAUUGGUGAAGGAUUUUGAAGAGACCAUUAAUAUAUUAAAGAGAAUGGAAGUGCACCUCAUAAUUGCCUUCAAGUCUCAUUCAGGAGAACAAAGACGUAUAUCUUUGAGGCGGGCUGUUGAAGCACUGAAAGUAAAUCCUGACUGCACUGUGAUUGCACUUUCAACUCAACCAACUAACGUAUGCCUUUUGAGGUAUAUCCAAAGAAAUGAAACUCGUAUCGCUCUGAAAUUGGAAGCUAGGAACCUGUACAUUUCUUCUAUUCCCGCGGCCAUUGUCCUCGGUCCACCAGUGCAGUUCAUCAACAGCUGUUCGAGACGGCAUUAUGGAUACAUUUGCAAUGGAAAGAACGCAUGCGGGAACAGCUUGACUAUUCUCCCUUCCCUCUGCCUCUGUGUCCUUCAAGAGUUAGUCGACGAAGAUCAGCCUUAUGUCUUAGUAUCAGAUGAAAACCUGCUAUUGUCUUUGCAAGAGAAAAUCAAUGAGUUCCUGCCGAAUGUUCAUGUGAAACACUCGAAGGACUUUCGUGGAUGUGAGACUUCAGUCGUCAUUUCUGUCAAUGUCAAUGAUGAGUGGUUGCUGGAAGUCAUAUCACGCUCUAGGAGUCGACUCAUAAUCAUCGACAACAUUCCGAAUCAUGAAGAUCUCUGGAGAAUAAUGACAGAAAAACAGAGUGUGGUCAUCUUAGAUAUCCUCUAUCCCAAGGACGAUGAGGCUGGCCCGAGGACCUUAUUGAGUCUAGAUGACGCAGAACACUUCCUUAGGCCCGUGAAGCAGCGCUUUGUGAAGGUGGUCAUGCACUUUCGUCCACUGACUGUGACUCCAGAAGUUCUCUCUUCAUCGCACGUUCAGUUGAUCCUGCUGUUUAAUAAUCUGCGAGGGUCCCUUCGUCUCCUCUGGGGCAAAUACUUCAUCAGAAUCCUGGAGUUCUCAAGAGGUCUAAGCGGGCCGGCCAUGGCAGCACAACACGAUCCGGAAAGCUCGGUCUUCGACUGCGUUCCGGAUCGGGUGCGGGCCACGAUUCGCAUCCGGCCGAUCGAGUUGCAUCUCGGAAUAUGUGAAUUGUACUACGAUAGACUGUAUGAGUACGAGCCCGCUUUUGUCCUUAAGCACAAGGACGACGAGGCGGAUGUGACACUAGUCGAAACAUUUGACAAUAGGCAAGAGACAAUCGAGAUUCCAUCUUCAGGGAGGUAG